UUCGAUAGUAUUGAUAACCAGUAUAGUUUCUAGAGGAUAUCAUUUAAUUAUAUAUUCAUGUAAAAAUACAAUAUCUGACGAUCCUGAAAGCUUCUUACCUAUUAAUCAAAAUAUGUCUAGCGAAGACGUAGAUGUAAUCGAAAUUAAAGAUCAUUUAACCGUUCCGCAA